UCGAAAAGAUCCUGCAUGGAGCUCUGCACGUGUCUCUCAUCUCCUCUCUCUAUCUCUGUUUCGUAUUUUCUUAAGUCUUGAGCAAAACAGACAAACAACUUCCCUUCGUUCAAUUUUUCCCGAGAAAAUAAACUGCCCUGGACUACCCAGAAAAUUCAAACCCAACAAUCAAUAAAAUAAGAUUCCAGAGACCCUCUGAGAAAGUUAGGAGAGAGAAGGCAGUAAGUAUCGGGAGAAAGAUUGGUGCCACCGAAAGCCCUGAAUCGGGCGUUUUAUAAGGUCGUUACACCGACUCAGCUAAGUCGCUAUUCUCUCCCUCAAUCUCUCUGUCAGAGUUCAAUCUGGUAGUGUUUGAAGAAGCUAUCGGAUUCUUCAGUUUCGGCGAUGGCCACCAAUGAAAAGAGAUGCAGAUUUGGAAAGGAUAAAUACAGGGAUUGGGAAAAAGGACUCCCUGACGGCAUCCUUGAUAUGAUUGUUGAAAGGCUCGAUUUUAUUCAUUGCUUAACUUUCAGCAAGGUAUGCAAAUCAUGGAGAAGUGUUGUUAGAUAUGCAUCUAUUCGUAAUCCAUUGCGUGGGUGCCCAUGGCUUGUAACGGUUUCCCCAAAACCUGCCGAUGGCGCGGAGAGGGUAAGUUUUUGUAGUAUGACAGAGAUGAAGGGUAGGUGCAUGGAGAUAAGUGGCAGGGGUAAUGUUGUAUACAUGUGUGGGUCUGUCCAAGAUUGGUUGAUUGUGAAAACACAACUUCAUAGUUGUAAUAAGGUUCUUUGGGCUCUAUUGAAUCCUUUCACUGGAGCCAAGGUCUUUUUACCAGCCUUAAGAUUGCCCGGUAAUAAGUUGGUACUGUCUGGAUCCCCUUUUGAGUCGAAUUGUGUUUAUAUGACCCUAACCAAGCCAUCUCUUAAGUUUUCCUUAUGGACGAAAGGAGCACCAAUUUGGACUGAAGUUGAAGUUCGGUAUGAGAUAAAGCAAGAACCAGAGCCCCUAACAGAUGCUGCAUUUUGCAAUGGAAAUUUCUACUUUUUGACGAAGAAUUAUAACAUACAACGUCUCGAUGCUGCAUAUGCUUCAUCUGCAAUCAGGAGAAGAAGCACUAGUGAAAUCAAAACUAGUUUUUAUAGAGUUGAAAUGCCCUGUUGGCCAAAAGGUCAGUUUUUCAAGUAUUUAAUGGAAUCUUCAGGUGACAUUCUACUUGUCAUACGGUUUUUUCGCUAUGUUAUAACAUGUAGCUUCACAAUUUAUAGGCUGGACAUUGGUAGGAAGGAAUGGGUUAAGUUAGAUGACUUGGGGGAUCAAAUAUUAUUUUUAGGAAAGACUACUUCUAGAUCAUAUUCUGCCAAGGAACUAGGGUUUGUGAGGGGCAAUUGUAUUUUUUUCACUGAUGUUUAUAGAUACAAUAGAUACAAGUCGGAGACAAAUUUUUUGGACUGGGGUAUUUUCUGCCUGGAUGAUAAAAGGUUUGGGAGUUUUUUCUAUCCUUCAAAAGAAUGCAGUAGCGAACCUGUAUGGAUCACUGCACCUCUAUGGUGGUAUUUGUUUGGAGAGAGACCAUUGUAUGAAACAAAGAUCAAUUUAAACCCUGGUGUUAUUUGGUAUCGUUGAGGUUGUAUGGCUCCUCUUGACUUUGAUUUUAAAUAAGCUUGAAUUUUCAAGAUGAGAUUAUUAUUCUCGAAA